GCCAUGGAGGGAUCACUGGGCAACCCCUACCGCAAGGACCACGCGGAAUCCCCAGUGAAGGAGAGGAUGGAGGAGACUCCUGCCCACCGGCUGGACGAGGCUCUGUUGACCUGUGAGAUGGAUGGCUCACGGCACUUCCCUGAGUCCAGGAACAACAACCACAUCAAGAGGCCCAUGAAUGCCUUCAUGGUGUGGGCCAAGGACGAGAGGAGGAAGAUUUUACAGGCCUUCCCUGACAUGCACAACUCCAGCAUCAGCAAGAUCUUGGGCUCCCGCUGGAAGUCCAUGACAAACCAGGAGAAGCAGCCUUACUACGAGGAGCAAGCCCGGCUGAGCAGGCAGCACCUGGAGAAGUACCCCGACUACAAGUACAAGCCGCGGCCCAAGCGGACCUGCAUCGUGGAGGGCAAGAGGCUGCGCGUGGGCGAGUACAAGGCGCUGAUGAGGAACCGCCGGCAGGACGCCAGGCAGGGCUACUUGCUAGGGCCCCAGGGCAGCCAGCUGCCCGCUGCCUCCUCGGACGUGCUGUACCAGCGGCCGGUGGGCAUGCAGCUGACCCCCCCGCUGAUGGAGCACUACCUGCCCCGUGGCAUGGAUGCCAGCAUGCCCGUCAUCGUCAACACCCGCAGCCUGAAGGAGGGGGAGGAGGGGCAGGAGGGCGAGCUGUACCGCUACAGCGAGGAGGAGGACUCCGAGGGAGAGGACAAGAGCGACGGCGAGCUGGUGGUGCUGACGGACUGA